GCGGCUUUGAGGAGAGCUGAGGAGAGCCGAGGGCAAGCGUAUCCAAUUGUCAGACCAGAGCAACAACAACAGCGACGAGAAGAAGGUCUCGAAGUGAUUUAAACGAGGUGGCAUGACAGCAAGACGACCUCCGAGCUCUACUUCCCUGUACGUGAGUCAGGAUCGCAGGAAACGGUAGCCUGCGCGAGGAUGAGCGCAAAGAUAUCCCUGGCAGGCCGUGGAGCGGCACAGUCGCCGGUCAACCAUCGUGGUAAAGCAUCGUCGGGGCUGUUACUCGCCGGGAAGUCUGCUGUCAAGAGGCCGUCGUCGAUGACCAUAGAGGUGAGCAGCACCGAGGAGAGAGCUGUCAAACGUGCCGCCGUCCCAGAACUGGAAGGAUCAUCCAGCUUAUCGCGUCCGAACACGUUGUUGAAGAGGGAGAGCAUCAUGCCAGCCUUGACGCGCGCCUGCACUACUGCCACGCCGCCGAAGAGAUUCAAAUUCGCCUCGCUCGGUGAGUCCAUCCACACCUAUCUGUUUCUUCUCUCCUCCUUCGGUGUCUCGUUCAUUCUCUCUGUAAUUUAA